AUGCUGGACGACAUAGCCUCGCUGCCGCCCAGCUCUGCCGCCAUGUCCUUUGGCCGCCCUGCUGCCGACCCCGCCCCUUCGCCGUCGCUACGCUCGUGCCUGGUUCUGCUGCUCUCUCUGCUGCCUGCUCCCGCCGCCCUCGGCGCUGCCCUUCCCGAUCUCCCUCAAUCCAGCACUGUCUCCCCGUUCCUGCCAACUGAAGCCUCGACCCUGCUCUUGCCUAAUUCUGCUGCCUUCACCUCAUCGCCUGUCCCUGACCCUUCGGUGUCCACGACCAUGUCCGCAUCCAUGUCUUCGAUCAUGUCUUCGGCCGUGUCGCCAUCCAAUCCCUCCCUGCUUCUUACAGACUCUGCUAAUCUCCCUUCCCCAACCUCCCUCUCUGUCGCCUACACCUUGCUCGCCUCCCCGACUGAUGCUCUGCCACCCACCUCUGUGCCGAUCCUCCGUAGACUCAUCACGAGACACUCGUCCAUCACCACUUCGGACGGCCCGCUCGUUCCCGCCCCCGCUCCCACCGCCACCACCACCACCACCGUCCUCGUCCGCGACCUUGCGCCGACGACCUCCCCCUCGUCCGUGUCCCCCACCACAACCGUCGGCCUCGGCCUCGAGCACAUCCAAGACAACAGCUCACCUGGCCCCGUGCCCACUACCACCACCUCCUCUUCCCCCGUCCCCACCUUCUCUCAACGCUCGGCCCAGAGCCAAGCCAUUCUUGCUCCGACAGCCAAACCACCGACCCCCGCCAGCACCUCACCCCUCAACGACUCGUCCUCCGCACCGGCACAGGUGCCCCACACGCAAAAGAACACGGCUCCCUCGGCCGAGAGCGAGGCUGACUCCUCGACAGUCUAUAUCAAGAUUGCCCUCGGCGUCGUGGCUUCGUGCAUCUUCCUGGGUGUGGCCCUGAUCAUGGGCAAGCGCUUCCAGUCCACCGAGCCCUUCUGGGUCCAGAGCUCAGCAUCCCCAUCCCCCUCAAUCCACGACUCUUCUCGUCGACCCUCGAGUCGGUCUUCCCCUUCGGCUGCCUCCCUCACACCUCCCUCCAAGGCCUAUCGAGCCAGCACCGACAUCGAGAUGGGCAAGCUCUCUGCGACAAAGCAGUCGAUCCGGUCGCUGGACAACCAAAGGAGCGCCCCGACCGUGCGAUCCAUCAUGAUUCAGCCCCCGGCCUCGUCGAGCGCCUCUCCCGUCGUCGUCGCCGCCUCCCACAACGACAAGACCCUCCAGCCACGACCACACAAGGCCAACAUGGUGCGCUUCAGCCUGGAGGAGCCCGAGCGCCCCUCGCGGUCCUCUGGCAACUACUCGUACGGUCACAGCAGCGCCGGCCGCAGCGACAACGACAACGGCAUCCCCACCCUGGCCUUCACCAAAAUGAGCUGGUCUCUUCCCAGAUCGCCGUCUGCUCCGCCUGUCUCGGCCAUUGGUCGCAGCAUCAGUCCCGCACCAUCGGACCUCACGAUGGCCUCCAUCGACACCUCUGGCUCGCGCGACAGCCUGUUGCGCCCGCUGCCCCGCCACUCUUUGGACCAGGCCAACCGCUUGCCUGCCUCGACCAAGUUGCCGCCCCUGAAUCAUCCUGCCACGACUCCCUUCCUCCCCGUCGACUCGAUCGCCUCGCGCGACGCAUCCGUCCGUGCGAGACCCAAGGGCAGAGGACACUCGCGCAACUCGAGCGUCCGCCUGGCCGGGAUGGACCAUCCCUCCAACAUGCCUGUGCUCGUGGUUUCGGAUCACUCCAACGCCCUCAACCCCAGCGUCCUCAGCUUGAAGCUCGAGGAGGUUGCCCAGCAUAUGGAUCGGUAG